AUAACAUCAGUAAAAUGGAGCCUGACAAAAGAGAUUCGUUGAUUCCCCAAGAAUCCAAGAACUACCUUCACACUUCGAUGGUGCAUCCUUUGUUAAGGGAAUGGAAUUCAGUAGACAUGUUCAAGAAAUCAGACCUAAUCUGGCCUAUCUUUAUCCAUGCUGAUGAUGAGAACAGGAAACAGGAAAUCACUCUCCUUCCAGAGAACUAUAGAAUCCACUAUGAUGACAUUGUAGAUGUACUGAAGCCACUUUAUGAGAAAGGCCUCAGAAGUGUAAUGUUGUUCGCAUACAUCCCAGAGACUGAGAAAGACGAGAGAGGCUCCAAAGCUCUAGAAGGCCCUGUUAAUAAAGCUUGUAUAAAUAUUAAGAAGGAGCUACCAGAUUUAUUGAUUAACUGUGACCUCUGCCUUUGUCCAUAUACCUCUCAUGGGCACUGUGGAGUUUUCCUCGAAAAUGGAGAGCUUGAUAAUGAUGAGACUCUGAAAAUCCUUGGAGAUAUAGCCCUCAACCUGAUUAGAGAUGGAGCAGAUAUCAUUGCUCCUUCAGAUUGAAUGGACUGCAGAAUUGGAUAUCUUAAAAAUCUAUUCAGAGCUAACAAGCUUAAAACUCCAGUUAUGAGCUAUGGGUCUAAAUUCUCUUCAGGAAUGUAUGGUCCAUUCAGACAUGCUUGUGGAUCAGCUCCUAGUUUCGGUGAUCGUAAGAAGUAUCAGCUACCUCUUGGCAGCAAAGAUCUAGCCCUUAGAGCUCUCGAAAGAGACGUUGAGGAAGGUGCAGAUAUCAUCAUGGUGAAGCCUGGUAUUUUCUACAUAGAUAUUAUCAACGAAGCAUCUCAUAGAGAUUUUAAGAGACCAAUAUGUGCAUAUCAGACUUCAGGAGAAUACGCCAUGCUUUACUACUCAGCUGAAAAAGGAGUAUUCGAUCUUGAUGCCAUCUUGAUAGAAAAUUUGACCGCUUACAGAAGAGCAGGAUGUGAUAUCAUUCUCUCCUACUUUACACCAAGACUAUUAGAUCUUAUAGACUAACUUUUACAAUAAAAAUUGUUCCAAAUUUCCA